UUCUGACAAAACGAAACUUUAGAAGACAUGCGGAAAUGCCAAAGACAGCAAAUCUCAGAAGUGACUCUGCGUUGGUCCAUCGCAGGUCCAGAACAUAUGACUUCUCCGCUUUGCCAUUUGGAAAACAGAAGGAAACAGUGACAGUCCGUUCAGAGAUCAGUGAAGUAUGAAGAUGAAGUGCCCAGGUUGUGGUCAUAUCAUAGUAGAGGAGACAGCCAAGUUCUGCAGUGAGUGUGGUCGAAAUCUGUCUGGCCCACCAGCAAACAAACAAGAUACAGGUGAUCAGCCCAGAUCCUUGAUAGCAGACUCUGAAGUUACAGCUGAGAAAUUUGCCCCACAGGAAACAGCUUCACUUGUGGAAGGCAAAGAACAAAAUAAAUUCCCCAAACGACCAAGUGAUGAGACCCCCAGCAACGUAAAGAAAAAGAAAAAAAAGAGGAAGAAAAACAAAAAAAAGAAAGAUGGCCAAGAUCAAAGCCACUCUGACAUGUCCCACGUCUCUGUGGGAGAAAACCAGCGAGGGAAGACGAAGGGCGAAGGAGAUUCAUCAGAAAGCGAGAGCUCAGACAAUGCAAUGGAUGAAACACCAGACCCACUCCAGGAUGGGGUCCCCUCACAAGGGAGUCCGUCCAGCUCCUCGACUCCUAACGCUCCUGCUGCCCCUCCUGAAGACAAACCAGUCAGUCAGAGUGAAACGUCUGAAGACAAACCAGUCAGUCAGAGGGAAACGUCUGAAGACAAACCAGUCAGUCAGAGGGAAACGUCUGAAGACAAACCAGUCAGUCAGAGUGAAAUGUCUGAAGACAAACCAGUCAGUCAGAGUGAAAUGUCUGAAGACAAACCAGUCAGUCAGAGUGAAACGUCUGAAGACAAACCAGUCAGUCAGAGGGAAACGUCUGAAGACCAACCAGUCAGUCAGAGUGAAAUGUCUGAAGACAAACCAGUCAGUCAGAGUGAAAUGUCUGAAGACAAACCAGUCAGUCACAGUGAAACGUCCGCUGACAAAAAAGAGGCAGCAUCAGCAACGCAGCCUGAGGACGCAAAAUCAGCUCAGGACCAGACUCUCAGCACAGACACUCCAACCCAACGACCUCCCUUAAGGGAUGGCAAGGCCGCGACCUCUCAGCCAGGUGCAGGCAAAGGAACAAAGACCGCCAACUCGAAAGAGCAAAAGACUGACGGAAAAAACUCUAAGAACAAGAAAGACACUGCAGCCACUAAACCCACGCUGGACCAGAAUGCCAACGUAAAGACGAGCCCAAAACCGAGCGAACAAAGCAAAAAGAAGGGAAAUAGUCUGCAGGAGCAGAAGAAACAGAAGCCGGCUGCAGCCGCUGCACAAAAGAUGGUUUUUGGCCCUCAGACUCCAUCAAAGUCUGACAGUGCGGGCUCAAGUGUGGACCCAGAGGACACAGACAAAGUUGUUCAGCAGACUGGGAGCAGGAAGGACUCGACCUUGGCACAAUCCUCAGAUGCAGCCAAAGAAAGCAAAGAUGGCAGUAAGGAUAACACAGAAUCCAGCACUCGAGCUGAGCCGCCGCCCAAAAGGAUAACCAGGAGCAAUACCAUUGCUGCAUCCGACAGGCUCACCAUCUACUUCCACGCAGUUCUCUCCAAGGAUUUCAAAUUUGAUCCGGUUGAAGAUCGUGUCUUCAUCCGAGCUGGGUGCGGCAUUGGGACAUGGGACGAAGAUGCAGUUGAGCUGUUUGUAGCCAGGGACCUUGGAGAACAUGGGUUUCUGAUCCAAGGCAGUCUGACAACAAAAAAAAAGGACGUAGAGUCUGAGUCCAUACCGUACAAAUAUAUUGUCUACAAGAAUAAAAAGGACAAAUAUGAAUAUGAGUUCAUAUACAAACUGGAUUCUACACAGCAAACUGUCAACAGGUGCUUGUUUGUGAAACCCCACAUACUCACUGAGAAAGGAGACUGGCAUCAAUAUGACGACAUUAUCUGCGUCGAGCCUCCAACAAACGUGUUAAAACGUUUAAAAGAGACCAUUAAAGAUACUCUCUGGCCUAAUCAAAAGAGAGAUCUGAUUAAUGGAAGGAAUAUUGCUGGGUCUGUAAUGCUAGAGACCAUAUUUGAUCUUCUCAGGAGCUGGGAUGUGGCCAAUCUGAAAGGUUUCCUGGUCCAACUGAAUCAGUUCUUCCAUGUGUACGGGGAGCCUUUUGUGUACGAAGACAGACAAAAGAAAUGGAACUCCUUAGGCUAUGGACAAGAUGAUGUGAGGAAAAUGCUGAAGGACUUCAUGCUGGAAAACGUGAUUCCUCAGGCGUCCAAGGAAGGAGAUAAGAAGAUGCUGUAUAUUCAGGAUCCCAGAAGAGCAGCGGUGAUCACGCUCGGUGUGUGUAAACAGUAUGGUAUUAGACUGAAUGAUUCACACCGAUAUUGGCUCUGCACUGCACUUUGCCUGCCCAAACUGAACAAAGAGGAUUUCCUGCAGUAUUGGUCAGAUUUCUCCCAGGAUGUCCCCAUUCUCAAAAAUCUGACAGAAAACUUGGUGUCACUGAUAAGUGCUGUAAGAACAGCAGGAAUGCCUCGAUGGAUUCUGGUCCUACCGCUCCUCCACCUCCUCAGAGGCAACACAAAGCCCUUUGAGGUACCAACUUCUGGAAACAUGAAGUAUGGCUUACUCUGGGCAGGCUUACAAGGCCUUGACAUGGGUCAAGCCUACAUGAACAGUGAUAGCAGGAAGGCACUGAUUAAUUUGAUGAAGAGCCACAGUCACCUGAUGGAGGUGGAUGCACUUUUAGUGCGAUCCUGUCUGUACUUGAUGCCUUUUGAUGAUUUGACAGAAUGUCUCACACACAUUAACACUGAGCUCCUGGACGUGCUUCACAUCUUCACCAACAAAGCUCCUCAGGAGAUUUCUUACAACUUCCAGACAGUAUCGGACAUUCUCUCACAUAUACAAGAACACCUCAUUCAAGAAAAAUACAGUUGUUUUACUGUGGCCUAUAGGAGAAUGUGCCUUGAAAUAGCGGUGAAACUGUUGGAGAAGCUCUGCAGAGGAGUCAGACUGGCAAACUACAACCAGAGUUGGAUUAAUAUUCCAGUGGCUUGUAUGCACCUAGUUGCAUCAGUGUCAGACUUUGUUCACUCUAACAUUCAACAGGAGACAGAAGACGCGCAGAAAGAGCAGAAACAUGCAAAGGACUUGGUGAUCUCUGAGGCCAUGGGGACUUUGAGAAACUGGGUGAAUGUGUCCUUCAGGUACCAUUUGCUCAACAGGGGCCUGACAUCCCUAUUACAGAUUGAGGCUACAGGGGAGAUUGAAAUAUGGAACAACAUCAUCUCCAUCAGCUUCAAAGAUGAGGAGUGCACAAGAGAAUGGAGACACACAUUCACAAAGGAUUUCGAGGGCAAGUACAAACAGGAAAAUGCUGUGGAUCAAAUUGAAUUCUACUGCACUAAGAUAGAGCAGCUCAAUAAAUCCUAUCCACUUACUGCUGCCAGCGUCGAGAAGUGUGCUCUGGAGGCUGUGACGUCUUUGUGCCAGACCAAGUCGGAGGGGAGACUGUUUGAGAGACUCCAGAUAAACUGGAAGUUUGGGAAACUCAUCUCCACAAUUAUUGAGAAAUCGUGGCCAAAGGACCGUCAAGGAAAUUAUCGGGAAGAUGAAGAAGUGGUCCUUCAGCACCUCCUCUCCUGGACGGCUGCCAAAAACAUUUUCCAACUAUACGGUGCAGAUAAAGACCUGAUAGAUAAGCUCUCUGAAGAUGCCAGGGGCAAAAUUGCUAUUGCGAUGUCAUCAUUCAUAGCCAUGAACAAUAAACUGGUCAGUGGAGACGUUAAGAUCGGCCUGCUCAAUAUCAUUCUUGAGAAGAGCAAGGCCUUCUUGGAGCUGUUGAAGAUUGACUGCCUGUUGGAGAAAGAACAAUACAAGGAUCAUGCCAAAAUGAGGAGGCUUUUGCAGUGCAGACAGGAUGAAGUGAAUGCCGUGUACCACGAGAAGGAGCUUCUGGACACCCUCCUAACAAUGAGCCACAAACUGGAGGAACACAUGACAACUGAUGUUGCCGACAUGGAAAAUAAGCAGCAGGUCAACAUUGAGAUCAUGCCCCUGAGCCAUUUCAUGGAGGUCCAUCAACUUGACCAAAUGCCCUCUCCAGUGGCCGGUGUUGUCACCUACUUCAGUCUGGAUGAAGACAUCAGAAACAUGGCCGAGGUCCUGCACACCUUCCGAGAAAGUUAUAUAUUCAAGGUGUGCUGGGAGAAACAAGCCACGCUCCGUGCUUCUGAAGAGAUGGAAGACGAAAAUCCCGCUGAAUGUGAAGUAGUGGACAUUAUGGCGACACCAGAAAUAAUACAUGAUGAGAUUUUCAGGCCGUGCUAUGCUGAUUACACAGACAUCUACACUUGUCUGAAGAAUGGCAGUAUAAGGCUUGGGGAGGUGAACCAGCUCUUCAGUGCUUACAAGGGCAACUACGAGGAGCUUGCAAAGGACCUGGACAUCAUGUGCAGAGUCGAUAAAUCCACGGACAAACAGUGGAUCCUCAGCAGGGUUCAACAGAUUGAGCAGUAUCACGAGCUUCAUCUAGCUGUGGUUUCUGCUGAAAUUAUCAUGAAGGUUAAAGAGACGCUUCAUCUUCAAGGAAACUUCAGGGUUCUGGAAACACUCACUGAAGCUAGUCGUGCAGACUUUCAGAACGAGCAGCUCAAUCGCAUUGACAAUGACUUGAUGCAGGCAAAGAAAGCUCUGGUGGACAUCACUGAGCCUCGCAGACUGUGCCUGCAGGAGCUGGGGCUCAGAGGACACUUUGUGAAUUGGGUGAAAGAUGCACUUGAAGAUAUCAAUGAGUUGAAGGUCUUUGUUGACUUGGCCUCUAUCUCUGCGGGAGAGAACGACAUGGACGUGGACCGUGUCGCUUGCUUUCAUGAUGCUAUCCUUGGCUACUCUUCAAUGCUGUACGAGCUCAAACCAGACUCUGAUUUCCAAGUCUUCAAAGAGGUGCUCCAUAAGCUCUGGAGAGCUUUGGAGAAUGACUGCAACCUACCAAAAAAACUACGGGACAGUGCUCGGCAUUUGGAAUGGCUUAAGACUGUUAAGGACAGCCACGGGUCAGUGGAGCUGUCAUCUUUAUCCCUAGCAUCAACCAUCAACACCAAGGGAAUCUACCUGAUAAGUGCACAAAAUGUAAAAAAAUUGAGUCUUGACACGGCCCUGAAGCUGCAGAUUAUAGAGGAGCACGACGAGGGUCAGCAGACGCGCUGCUAUUCUCUAGAGGACCUUCGAGAGCUUCAGAACAAACUCAUGCUCAUGUCUGGAAAAGGGGACCAAGGGCAGAAUGAAGUGGAUCACUUUGCAGAGGUUUUUGCAAGUGUUCAAAGGCUAGCUGAGGCAUUCAUCGCCCUCUACACUGCUGGGAAUCCUCUGUUCAGACACUGGGAAGCACAAAUCAACUGCUCUCUUUGCAACACUCAACCCAGUAUUAAGAUGGACUUCAACCUUGGCAGUGUUGUCAGCGUUGUAACUGUGGAGGGCAGCAUCGAGGAGGAGCUUCCUGAAUUUUGCAGGAAAAUGGAGAAAUGCCUGGAGUAUUGGAGGGACUUUGUGGACAAACAGAGAUCCAAGCAUUACUAUCUGAACUAUUACACAGCUGAGCAGAUUGUUUACCUCUGCAGCAAACUGAGUCAACAAAAUGCAAACAAUGUUGAGGACCAGGUUCUCAUGAUGCUCUCCUUUGUCAAACCAAAUUGCACAGCCUCUGACCUGAGGGAGGUCUGGCAUGCACUCCAGUAUACAAUCCUCACCAAACCAGAAGAGCAAAAUGAAGACAUUGAGUUCCAGACUUUUGUUGUGGUGCCACAACCCGAGUUGGUAGGUCCAGACUUCACCGGCAAAUUUGAUCUUUUGCCAAGUCUUGUGGAACAAGCAAAUGGUUCCCAAAAGUUUGAUCUCAUAUGGAAUGCAUACAUGAAAGACAUGAAGAACUUUCUCCCACAAAUCCUUGACAUCAAUAAUCUGGGGAGACUGUUGGAAAUAUUAGCCAACAAAGUAGAUGAAAGUGAAGAAGAAAACCGAAAAGAAGACAUUUCAGAUUUUUACACUGCAGGUCUUAUAAUGAGGCAGCUACCUAAAGGUCUAACCACAGGGAAUCCAAACCUCAUUGUUUGUCCACAUGAUGAUGUCUUGACGUCUUGUAUCUCUAUCUACAUGACCAGUAAAGCUGAAGCACUUCCAACCUAUGACGAGGUCCUCCUGUGUGACUCCUCAACACCGUAUGAACAGGUGGAGCUCUUCCUCAGACGCUGCCUCAACACAGGCUACAGGGGACAGAAGAUAUACACUCUACUGUAUGGAGAUCUCCUCACUUAUGAUGUGAGCUCGAAAGUUGAGAACUUUUUUCAGCGUACAAAAAUGCAGAGCCUAAGGGACUACAGGCUUGUUAUAAUCUGCAGCUCAGAAAGAGAACAUGCCUACCUUCCUUCUGCCUUCAGCCAGUACAGAUUGCACAUGGUUCCCCAGGAACCACUGGCCAUAAUCCAGAGGUACCUCCAUGAUCACUUUGUCGUCCCAGCAGAUCAAUGCAGUGCUGCAGCUACUUUCAAAGACAGACUGCGUGUUGGUGUUGUCUCAUCCAAAAGGGCUGGUGUUGGUAAAUCUCUCUACAUCAAGAAGUUGUAUGAAAAGCUGAACCACUCAACAAAAAAGUCGUCCAUGAUGAAAUGCAUUCGCUUGAUUGAACCUUGUGUUGACGAGAAUGUCAUCCUUCAGUCUCUGUUGAACACCUCCAAGAGGAAGGAACUCAUCGUGUUUCAUUUCGAUGUCACAUCAUCGGUGCAGAAAGGUCUCCAUGAGUUUCUUUUCAAGUUGCUGAUUCUGCGCUAUUUGAUGGACUCUGAGGGAAAGAUGUGGAAGUGCAGUGAUAAGCAGCUGUAUCUCAUAGAGAUCUUAGAGCGAAACAGAAAUGUGUCACAACAGGCUCAAACUACAAACAGCACGUUCACAGAUGUGUUUCCAAAUAUUUUCUGCCGACCACCCAAAGAGGUUCUAAUGCUAGAGAUGAAAGGGCGAGAAGAACCCACCAUUCCAACCAUGGAUGACCCACUGAUGGAUGAUGACGAAUUCCGCAGCGCAGCCUUUCAGCGGCCAUAUCAGUAUCUCACAAGGUUUCAUAACCACAGUGAUCUUGAUGUGUUCACAUAUCAGGGUGUUGAAGGGUCACAUGUGGAGUGUCUCCAGAUGCUUCUCAUGUUCUGUGGAAUGAUGGAUCCAUCCUGGGCAGAAUUGAGAAAUUUUGCAUGGUUCCUUAAUCUUCAGCUGCAAGAUUGUGAGACAUCUGUUUUUUGUGAUGCCACUUUCACUGGAGACACGCUAACUGGAUUCAAGACCUUUGUGGUGGACUUUAUGAUUCUGAUGGCAAAGGACUUUGCCACUCCAUCACUCAGCAUCUCUGACCAGAGCCCUGGCAGGCUGCAGACGGAUGACCUGACUGGUGUUCGAGAUGAAGACUUGGCUCCUUUUCUGAUCAGAAAAAGAUGGGAAACAGAACCACACCCAUACAUCUUUUUUAAUGAUGACCACGUGUCCAUGACCUUCAUUGGUUUCCAUCUUCGGCCCAAUGAACAGAACUCUGUUGAUGCAAUUGAACCCACUUCUGGACACGUGAUAAAAAAGAAUGUCAUGACAAGGGCAUUGUAUGAAGGCUUACAGCUGCAAAGGGUCCCGUUCAACAUCAACUUCGAUAGCCUCCCCAGAGGAGAGAAAAUAGAGCGGCUAUGCAAUGUCCUUGGGAUCCAGUGGCCUCUUGACCCAGAUGAAACAUACGAGUUAACAACUGAUAACAUACUGAAGAUGCUGGCCAUCCACAUGCGAUUCAGGUGUGGCAUUCCCGUCAUUAUCAUGGGAGAGACAGGCUGUGGAAAGACGAGGCUCAUUAAAUUCCUUUGUGAGUUGCGGAGGAGUGGAGUGGCCACAGAGAACAUGAAGCUGGUCAAGGUGCACGGAGGCACAACCUCAGAGAUGAUUUACACCAAAGUCAGAGAAGCUGAAGAUAUUGCUUCUGUUAACAAGCAAGACUAUGGAUUUGACUCUGUUCUCUUCUUUGAUGAGGCCAACACUACAGAGUCCAUCAGCAGUAUCAAGGAGGUCCUCUGCGACAAGACAGUCAAGGGGGAAAGUUUGACACAGGACAGUGGGCUGCAGAUCAUUGCAGCAUGCAACCCUUAUCGAAAACACACAGAUGACAUGAUCAAGAGGUUAGAAUCUGCUGGUCUUGGGUACAGAGUUCGAGCUGAAGAAACAGAUGAAAAGCUUGGGUCUAUCCCUCUUCGCCAGUUAGUGUAUAGAGUUCAAGCAUUGCCACCAAGCAUGAUCCCUCUGGUGUGGGACUUUGGACAGUUAAAUGAUCACACAGAGAAAAUAUACAUCCAGCAGAUUGUGCAAAGGGUGAUCGAAAACAACGCAAUCAAUCAAACAAACCUCAAGUGGAUCACCGAUGUCCUUUCAGCUUCCCAGAAGUAUAUGAGAACAAGAAAGGAUGAAUGCAGCUUUGUUAGCCUGAGAGAUGUUGAACGCUGUAUGCAGUCUUUUGUGUGGUUCUAUGACAACCACCUCAUGCUGUUUGGAGAACUUGAAAAAUUUGAGAGCAAUCAAAAUGCUGAGAACAAUGAUAGGAAUCAGAGACAGCUUGAGGUCAGAGAUCCAGUGCUCUGGUCUCUAGUUAUGGCCAUAGGAGUGUGCUACCAUGCCUGCCUGGAAAAAAAGGAUAAAUACAGAGAGGAAGUCAGCAAAUGUCUUCCAGAAAGAUACAGCCCAGCAAAGGUAAUGCAGGAGAUCUCACUCAUGCAGGAUGUACUUUUGAGCGGUGUGCCAAUGGGGGAUACAAUUGCAAGAAACAGUGCUCUCAAAGAAAAUGUCUUCAUGAUGGUUCUCUGCAUUGAGCUGAGAAUCCCUCUCUUUUUAGUUGGAAAACCUGGAAGCUCAAAAUCCCUGUCUAAAACUCUGGUGGCAGACGCAAUGCAAGGCCAAGCUUCUCAUUCUGACUUCUACAAAAUGUUUAAACAGAUCCAUUUGGUGUCCUUCCAGUGCAGCCCUCACUCAACACCAGAAGGCAUCAUUAAUACUUUUAAGCAAUGCGGACGCUUCCAGGAAGGAAAGAACUUGAAUGAGUACAUUUCAGUCGUGGUGCUUGAUGAGAUUGGGUUGGCGGAGGACUCUCCAAAGAUGCCACUGAAAACCCUUCAUCCCCUGCUAGAAGAGGGAUGCAUAGAUGAUGAAGCACUACCACACAAAAAGGUCGGAUUCAUUGGAAUCUCCAACUGGGCUUUGGACCCUGCGAAGAUGAACAGAGGCAUAUUUGUCUCCCGCGGUGACCCUGAUGAAAAGGAGCUGAUUGAGAGUGCCAAAGGCAUAUGCAGAUCUGAUGCCAUGGUUUUGGAGAAGGUCAGGGACUUCUUCCAGCCCUUUGCAAGAUCUUACUUGAGCAUCUGUCACAAACAAACAAAACAACGCAAAGGAUUUUUUGGCCUACGUGACUACUACAGCUUGAUUAAGAUGAUUUUUGCAUUGGCAAAGGUUUCUCAUUGCAAACCUACUGCAGAGGAAACAAUGAAGGCAGUCUUGAGAAAUUUCAGUGGUAGGGAAGAUGUGAAUGCAGUUGCUGUCUUCACCAAGAGACUGAAGAUUGCACCGAACUUGGACAACAUCAGUGCUAUUGAGUUCGUGAGAGAAAACAUUCAAGCAGUUGGACAAGAUGAAGACUGUCGGUACCUGCUGGUGCUAACGAAAAACUAUGCAGCCCUCCAGAUCCUUCAGCAAACCUUCUUUUCAGAAAGUGGCCAGCCAGAGAUCAUCUUCGGAUCCAGUUUCCCAAAAGAUCAAGAAUACACCCAAAUCUGCCGCAACAUCAACAGAGUGAAGAUCUGCAUGGAGACGGGUCAAACAGUUGUGCUUCUUAACUUGCAGAACCUCUACGAAAGUCUGUACGAUGCUCUCAACCAAUACUAUGUCUGCUUGGGAGGACAGAAAUAUGUUGACCUUGGACUGGGGACCCACCGUGUGAAAUGCAGGGUGCACAAAGACUUCAGGCUAAUUGUCAUUGAGGAAAGAGAGGUGGUCUACAAACAGUUCCCCAUACCUCUCAUCAACAGGCUGGAGAAACACUACCUGGACAUCCAAACUGUGCUCAAAACUGAGCAGAAAAGGAUUGUGGAGGAAUUGGAGGGAUGGGUGAAACUUUUUGUGUCCCUUGGCAGUCAACGUGCAACAACUGCUCAGACUUACAAGUACAAAGCACCGGACGUCUUCAUCGGGUACCACUCAGACACUUGUGCAUCUGUAGUGCUUCAAGUCAUCGAGAAGCAGAAGGACAGUAUGGAUAUCUCCGACCCUGAGAGGAAGAUUCUGGAAGAAGCCAAACUUGUCCUGCUCAAAUGUGCUACACCAGACUCAGUUGUACGACUGGACUGCACAGGCCUCCCCAAAGUGGAAAGUGACAAUCUGUCCAGAGUCUACUUUGAAGAGCAGAGUAACAGCUGUUUAGCCGACUUCAUUCUUGCUCACACAACGCAGGAAGUCCAUUGCAGCUCCUCAUUCACAGAGGUGACAACUUUCUCCAGACUUCUGACAGCAUCUGACUUGGAACCACUGGGGCAAAUGUUGCAAAGUGUAGAGCUCCUCUCACUCCAGCAGUUUGACACGGAGCAAUCAUUCCUAAAGAAGAUCAGGAACUACCUCACAGCUGGCAGAAGAAGCAAUAACCCUGGACCCUGCAACAAGAUCCUCAUCAUUCAGUGCGACUUUGAAGUUUCUCAAAGUGCCAAUCUCAUUGCAUCAGCAAAGUAUUCAUCCAUAAAUGAGAUCAACAAGAUAACUCAGGAGAGCAUAGGUGGCAAGGUGUUUGUCUAUUUUAUCACCAGACUGCCAAGAAUGGAAGGAGGAAGUUCCUACAUUGGCUUUCAUGGAGGCCCCUGGACAUCAGCUCACAUCGAUGACCUCAGGCGGUCCAAAGACAUUGUUUCAGACAUCAAAGCCUUGCAAAAAAUGACAAUCAGUGAGAUGUUCGAAACAAAGAUGACUCUGCAUGAAGCCAUGGAGGUCGACGACAUGUACACUGAAAAUGAACAGGAGGAAGCAGUUCAGGAAAAUGUGCAGUCAGAUGAAAAGUUUGGGGAUUGUGUUGUGGACACCACAGCGCUGCUGAGGAGCUGUGUGCAGAGUGCAGUAGGCAUGCUGAGGGACCAGGUGGACAUGGGCAGCCGCAGUACCCACAGAGUUGAGAUCCUGCUGACACUCCUCAGUGACAAUGAUGAAAUAAAAGGUGAAUUUCUACAAAUUGUGAAGAGGCAUCUUCACUCAUUGCUGUCGUCUCAUGAUGGCAACACCUUCUCAUCCAUGAAAAGCAACUGGGUCAUUAAGGAGGCAUCAAACAUUGAUGCAUUGCAAGAAGGAGGCACCUUCAGGAACACACUAUGGAAGCGUGUUCAGGCUGUGGUGGUUCCCCUCUUGGCCCAACUGGUUUCAGUCAUCGACCGAGACCAAAACUUGGAUAUCUUGCUUGACAGCAACUGUGGUGAAUCUGUCAAAAGACUGUGGUUAGAUAUCUUUGGGAAUGAUAAACUCCUGGAUAUCCCACAUUUAACACUGGACCACAACAAUGAGACAAAAACAAUCCUUGUACAAAACAAUGUUGCCCAGGACCAGAUCAUGAGCUGCAGCAUGCCUUUCAGUUGGAGGAUCAAGAACUACCUAGAGCAGCUCUGGGUCCAUGCACUUCAACAUGAAGGCCAAACUCAGCUGGAGUUUGAUGAUUUCUUUUGGAAGACACCACUCGGGCGUUACAUUGAAAAAGGAGACCCAGAGAUGCAGAAGGAGUUUUUCCACCGCUAUAUUCAGGAUUUCAUCUCUAUGACAAUGAACCUGACUUGCAAGGACGAUCUGCAGAUCCUGUGUGGUGCCUUGAAUUGUUGUGUCAAUGAGCUGCGAUUGCGGCUCAAUGCCACAGACACGGUGACGUCUCUUCCAUGGGUCCAUGCUGCUUAUAAUGAGUUCAAAAAGCGUCUACAGAACCUCACAAGAAUGAUCUGCAUAGAGCCACUGGUGACACAGCAUCUCAUGCAGAUGCCAGAUACCAGAAACGGGGAUGAGCUGGUGUUCGAUGUGUACGCUGCUUUUGCAUGUGUGGAGUACUUGGAGCCCACAGUCCUGAACACGGACGCCCAAAGACAAGCUUGGCUCAGACGGGUCAAAAAACUCCAAGUUCCCAUAGAGCUGAUCUGCUCAGAGGACAGUGUGAGACACUACGGAGAGCGUAGCAAAACAAUCGUCUGCAGAGUCCAAGCUGGAUGGAAUCGGAUAUUUUCUCUCUCUCUGUUUGUGGAGCACAUGCUGUUGGGAAUUGAAGAGAUUGAGAAAAAGCUCACACCUCUGGUUUUGGAGCACACACGAAGGCUUUGCCAGAUACUGGAGAAGAAUUCGGAUCUCAAAACCAGGCAGACAUUUGAGGCAGUGAUCACUUUGCUCAAAAGCUGCAAAGAUCAAGCGGUCAACUGUUUGUUCAGGUUUGGUCUUAUGCUGUGUCCAGUCUGUAUGGGAGACCCACAACAUCCACUCUGCCUGCCAUGUGAACACAUGUACUGCCUGGCAUGUAUUAAAAAGUGGUUGAUCCCAGGUCAGAUGUACUGUCCACUCUGCAUGCAGCAAGUUGAGGAAGCCUUUCCCUUGGUUCCUUCAGACGAAAUGAGGAUUCUAAUCAACCAACAUGCUCAGUUCAGGAAGCAGUGCAAUGCAUUCUUCAUUGACCUGGUGUCCACUGUGUGCUUUAAGGACAACUCUCCCCCCUGUUCAGAUGUCAUUCUCCACUUGCUCUCCUUUCUCAUGGUGGAGGCCAGCCCUGUUCCCAUUCUCAGGGUUAAUCGUCAAAUCCUGACAAAGGUGCUCUCUCCAUUUGAUGACUCUGUGGAUAAAAAUCCAGUGAUCCGGUCAGUAGUGCUCAAACUCCUGCUGAAGUACAGCUUUGAAGAGGUGAAGAAAUACCUGCAGCAGCAUCUGGUGUCAGUCGAGCAGAGCAACUUCUUGGAGGAGUCGGAUAAAACUGAACUGUACUUGAUGUACAUAAACUGCCUCGAGGACUCUAUGUUUGAAAGGUUGCAGUUCAGGUCCACUGCAGACCAGCAUGUGUGUCUGCAGGAUGAAAGUUCCUUCCUGACCGACUACCUGCAGUCACAUGGUCAGUCUGCUGAAACAGCCACUGUGGAGUACCUGCAGCAGGUGGCCAGAGUGCGUAUGGACCUGGAUUUGGCUGCCAGCCUCAUAGUGGAAAAACGGAGAGCCCCAGCAGAGGCUCAAGAGGGCGGUCAAAGUGGUACCACAGCCUUCCUGACCAGCGUGGUGAACUUGUGCAGACGCAGUGGAAACAGCUGGUAUUGUGUCUACUUGAUCCGUAAGAUCUGCAGCCAACAUGGUGUGGAGUUUGUCCUGAAACUCCUGAAAGUGGAUGAAAUGCGCUGGAUCUUCCCUGAAGAAGUUCUAGAAAAGAGUGAAGAAGCCACCCCAAUCGAUCAGUAUCUUGUGUGUGGAGAGGACUACAAGACAAUCAGAAACGCUGUUGCCAAAGUAGUCAUGGAAGGCAAAGUGGACGGGCUGGACCAGACCUGUGAGGCGUGCAGAUGUUCUCCGAAGAGGAUAACAGCUAAUCUUCUGCUUGCGCUGUACAGAGAAGUCACCACUAUCUACAGAGACCCCAAUGUUAGCUUCCAUCCCAAGCCUGAGCUACUGAAGCCCCUGAUGGCCUACAUCCAGACCUCAAAGUUCCUUCCCAGCCCAGAGACGAAGAGGUUUGCCGAAGUUCUGGUGACCAACGAACUCAAGUCGCUGGUUGUUCCUCCCAGGACGUCUGGCGCCAGGUGUGCGUUGGUGGAAUUAACUAUUCACCUGGCUGUUGUGUUGGUAUGUGGAGACCAGGGGAUCUUAGCUCCUCUACAGCAACUGGCAACAGCACCUGCCAACAUGCAGGCAGCCUUCUUGCCUACAAUGCCUGAGGACAUGUUAGCAGUAGCUCAACAAGCCAUGGGACCGCUGCAGUGGUACCAUUGUCCUAAUGGUCACCCCUGCACCAUUGGAGAGUGCGGCCAGCCAAUGGAACAAGGUCUUUGUUUGGACUGUGGGGCUGUGAUUGGAGGAAUUAAUCAUGCAGUGGUGCCGGGCUUUCAUGUCGUUGGGUUACAGGCGGACCGCACUCAGACAGGUCAUAUCCUGGGGGACCCAAAUCGCAGAGACAACCCAGCCAUGUUGGACACAAAGGGCAUCUCUCCUGUUCCCUUCACCAUUGUUCGCAUGCUCACUCAUAUGGCCAUGCUGCUCGGUACCUGCAGCCAUCUACAGUCUAUUUCUGCCAUCAUCAAGCCUCCAGUGCCUGACCCAGGUGCAUUUCUUCUCGCUCACCUGCAAAAGGACAUGGAGCAUCUUAUCAAAUCUCUGGGGAAGGGGACAGACGAUACAGUCAGCGCCAUUCACCUGCUCAUCGGCAGCCUCCUGCAACAAGCAUUGCCUGUUCCUAACAACAACCUGCUCACAACCAAAGAAGUUAGAAAUGGAUGGGAGAUGGAAAUGAGCAAUACCAUCAUCUCACCGUGGCUGAAGAACUUGGAAAGACAGCUAAAGGAAGUGAACACAUUCAUCCGAGCUGACUCUCGAAUCUCCGCCAAUCCAAUCAUGAAGCUCAUGUUUGGUGAUCCUAGUCUUUUCUUGGCUUCACUUCCCAAAAAAUCACUCAUCCAUCGUUCUGCCGUGUGGAGCUGCAGGGAGAAAGUUUCUCUGCUGAGCCUCACCCACAUUGUGGAGCAGAACGGGGGCAAAGACACUCUGCCUGUGCUCUGGAGGUUUCUGCAUAAGGAGGCCGAGCUGCGACUGGUGAAGCACCUUCCUGAUAUCCUCACACUGCAGAGAGAUCUGGUGAAGACGUUUCAAAACGUCUCUGAGCUGACCUGCAGCACCAUAGCAGAAUUCCUCCACAGUCAGAAAUCAGUUUCCCUGAAAGCCUGGUACCAGAAAUACAUCGAAGUCUUCCUCACAACCUGGAAUCAGCUCAGAGUCUCUUUGGGGACAAACGGUGAGCUCAAGAUCCCCGCUGAUCUCUGCAAGAAGGACCUGGAUCUCAACAGUGACUUUAAAGUGCUGUUACCACGGCGACAGGGCCCAGGCCUGUGCUCCACCGCUCUAGUCAGCUAUCUCAUCGCCCUGCACAAUGACCUGGUUUACUGUGUGGAUAAACACACUGGAGAGGAGACCAGUUACAAAGUGAGUCCAGCAGAUCUGACUGACCUGCAUGUGAUUCGGUAUGAGCUGGAGAGGGAUCUGAUGCCCCUGAUUCUGUCCAACACCCAGUACAGCAUUGAGAGGGGCCAGGAGACGCUUCAUGAGUACGACUUACCCAAAAUCCAGCAGCAGAUUAUCUCUCGCUUCUUACUGGGCAAACCUCUCAUCACUCUCAACGGCAUUCCAACACUAGUGAACAGACAUGACCGUAACUAUGAAAUCAUACUGAAGGAUGUGAAAGCAAAAGUCAAGCAAGAGCCUCUUCAGACUCUCACCCUGUUUGCGAUGGCGGGGGAGCUUCACUCAUACAGCGAGGUGUGUGAGGCCUUGUCCACUCUGGAAGUGGCCCUCGGUUUCCUCGCCAUGACCGGGGGAGAGCCUCUCAUGCAGCUGUCCUGCUACCUGGAGGAGGUGCUGCAGAUGAAGAACCAGAUGGCUCCACACAUAUUCAAGGCCUUGAGCAUGUGCUGUCUAAAACACUGUGUGGCUCUGUGGCAGCUGCUGAUCUCACUGAAAUCAGAAAAUAUGCUGCGACUCAAGAGGGAUCCAUUCGUGGGGGUCUCAGAGAAGUAUAAACAGGUCCUGGGUGAGGACGAGCACCGGCUGCUGACUGGCUUCUUCUCUAAGAACGGUGCCGACGCUUUCCUGCUGGAGAUGCACGAGUUCCUGGUUCUGGUCCUUAAAAAGCCCAAUGCACUUGAUACCUUCAGGCCGGACUGGAGCCUGAAAGACACACUAUUCUCCUACAUGGAGCGCAAAGACCUGGAAAUCCCGCAAGAUGUGGAGGAGCUGUUUCCAGGAGAGAUCCUCCUGUGUCACUACGUAGAAGCCUGGAAGUUCAUUGUGGCCUUCAAGCAGGAGCAUGGACAGAGGCAGUGAGACACUCAGAAGGGUUGUUUUCUUUUUCACUUCUUUAUUUGAUGUACUCAAAUACCUCAGAUGAAGUUUACAAUCAUGAUAAAUCCACAGUAUUGUUGUUGUUCGGCUGUGGGGUUAAUAGUUGUUUUACAAAUAUUUAUGCAGAAGACAGAUGCCUUUUUAAAGAGCACUGUUGUGAAGUGUCAUUAUGCCACAGAUCAAGUGUUCUCCUCUACAGUUGACCGUUUUAAAAUGUAUCCUCAAUUUUUUUUCUGCACUUGUUUUAUAUUCUCUUCCAUUUUCUGAAGCAUCAACAUGCACAGGGUUUCCCUACAGAUGAACGUUCUCUCGUUGACACUUUACUUGAAAUGUGAAUUUGUCUGUCCCAGAGAGGCAAAAUAAAAAAGAAUCUGAAUUCUUCUCAGGUACCAAAUGUUGAAUCAUCUGGGGGCUUAAAGCCACACUUAACUCACAUUAUAUAAUGUGUCAUUUCCAUUCAUGAAUAAUUAUGUUGAUGUGUCAUAUCUGUGUCAAAGAUGUACUUUUCUUUCUUCUACUCUUCAAAUUCACUGUCUUAAAAAAUAUAUACAUCUUUCCUUAAAACAACUCUACACACUUUACAUUCCAGUUGUGACAUUUUCAUUUAUUUUCUCUCAUAUUGCAUCAUACUCCGCCUUUUUUUCAUUUUUACCAGAAGUUUGUUAUAUUCCACAUUUGCUUGAUAAAACAAACUCCUUCAAAUAAAGCAGACAUUUCCUAUGUUA